AUGUCCAACGAAGACCUCAUCACCCUCACCUACCGUGACCGCAUCGCGAUCGUCACCCUCAACCGCCCCGACAAGCUAAAUGCCCUAAACGUCGGACUGUACUACUUGCUCGCCGAGCGUCUCCGCGAAAUCGAGAAGCGGGACGACAUCUACAUCACAGUCGUCACAGGCACAGGCCGCUUCUUCUCCGCCGGCGCAGAUGUUAACAGCUCUCGCCCCGGACCCGGAAACGACUCAGACGGCGGCAUCGGCUCAACAGCCCGCCAAGAGCUCGUCCGCGGCUUCGUCGCCAACAACAUCGACACAACCCGCGCCUUCUACAACCACUCCAAGAUCCUGGUCGUGGCUCUGAACGGGCCUGCUGUCGGCCUCUCCGCCGCGCUGGUCGCGCACGCAGACUUCAUCUACGCUGCUCCGCACGCCUUCGUGCUGACGCCUUUCUCGUCGCUCGGACUUGUCGCCGAAGGCGGCGCGAGCCGUGCGUUCGUGGAGCGGCUGGGUAUUGCGAAGGCGAAUGAGGCGCUUAUCAUGAGCAAGCGCAUUACCUGCGACGAGCUUGUUAGUGCUGGGUUCGUGAAUAAGGUUAUCAAGGCGGAUUCGGGCAAGUCGGAUGACUCGGCGGGUUUCUUGAAGAAUGUUCUUGUCGAGGUUGAUGAGAGACUUGGGACCCAUUUGAACCAGUCUAGUUUGUUGAAGAUUAAGGAGCUUGUUAGACGGCCGGAGCGGGAGAUUCUGGAUCGUCAGAAUGGCCUCGAGGCGUUUAUGGGGUUGGAGCGCUUCUUGAGUGGGGCGCCGCAGGAGGAGUUCCGGAAGUUGGCGUCUGGUGAGAAGAAGCAUAAGCUGUAG